AUGCCUGGCCUGGCGAGAAAGCUGCUCAUCAUUGCGGCCGUGGACGGCUUGAUCCUCCAGCCGUACCAUAACAACACCCGCUCAUCAGCGAAUCUAGUACAAGUCGACUACAAGACACACCACGUCCACUCGCCGGCGAGGGUCUCAAACUACCAGUACAAGAACGACGCAUGUCUGGAAUCGCAUGGCUUGAUCGGACUGCUUUCCGUAGCAUCAUACUCGUUCCUGAUAUCAAUCACCCAGCGCCAGCAGGUUGCGCAUAUUCUAGGGAAACCGAUUUUCGUGAUCACCGGGGUAUCCAUUAUCCCUUUAUCUGGCCAGGCUGAGGCCUCCAAGGCAAUCAGACAGGCACAACGAGCAUUGGAGGAUAGUCCGGAUGCCUACGAGCUAUCAGAUAGCGAGUCGGAUAAUUCUGAGGACUUCCUCUCUGAUGAACACACCAACUUUGAUGCUAUAUCCCCGGAGGGUGACCUGUACCCUCCAGUCGACGAGCCUAGCAACGAAAUCAGUAUUGCUGAAGAUGUUAUCAAGAAACGAGGGCGAUAUGGCAGAUUUACAGCAGAGUGGUUUGCCAGGAAAGGUUGGGGCAGCAUUGGACUGUCUGAUUCCAGGAGACGGUCCCUCAUAUCGUCCAGUGAUGGUUCUACUCACGCGGAGUCCAUGGAGCUGAAGAAUCUUGGAGCUGAUGCUUCUGAUGGUCUAGAGCCUAAGGGCGCCAGCGAGAACAUGGCUGUGACAGACGCCAGAACCUAUGAUUUAAUGCCCAAGCUGCUAAAAUACACCAAAAUGAUGUUUGGAUCCCGGAGCUUCUACUUUUCUUAUGACUAUGACAUUACCAGACGGUUUGGUCCAGUAGAUCCAGCUUCAACGCAUGUUCCUCUAUGUCAGCAGACCAACCCAUUGUACUUUUGGAAUAGACACUUGAUGAAGCCUUUUAUGGAUAGUGGGCGUCACACCUUUACCCUUCCGAUAAUGCAGGGUUUUAUCGGACAACAGGAAUUUGUUGCUGAAAGAGCUGCACCAUCGAGUACCGAAGCUGAUGGUCAAUCUAAUACCGCGGAGGAAGGCAACAUCAGCGCCAAAAAGGAGAGUGAAGAUGGCUCAGCCGAUGGUAGUCGAAAUUUUCUUCUCACCUUGAUAUCACGUCGCUCUGUGUUACGUUCGGGAGUUCGCUAUCUUCGCCGCGGUGUCGACGAUGAUGGCAACUCUGCAAACUCAGUUGAGACAGAACAGAUACUGUCAAGUCCUUCGUGGAAUCCAGCAGAGAAGGUAUACUCGCUGGUUCAGCUACGAGGAUCGAUACCUCUCUACUUCUCCCAGUCUCCCUAUUAUUUCAAGCCAGUCCCAAUCAUGCAUCACUCCGCGCAGACCAAUCUUGCAUCCUUCACGAAGCACUUCCACGAUGUCCAGAGAAGAUAUGGCAAGGUCCAUGCUGUCUGUUUGGUAGAUAAGCAUGGCGUGGAGGUGAACAUUGCAGAGACAUAUGGACGUUAUUUGGAAAAUUUUAACAAGGCCGAAACAUCCGAGGAUAAGAAAGUCCCCUACCAGUGGUUUGAUUUUCAUGCCGAAUGCCGUGGAAUGAAGUUUGAAAAUGUUAGCCGUCUUGUGGACAGGAUGUCGGAGACUCUGAAAGAUUUCGGUGACACUGUCGUCCUGAACAAUGCAGUUGUUCGUAACCAGUCCGGUGUCAUAAGAACUAACUGCAUGGACUGCUUAGACCGCACCGGUGUCUCGCAGUGUGCAUUCGGUCAAUGGGCCCUAGAAAAGCAACUCAAGGAAGAAGGCCAUUAUAUUGACCUCCAGGGAAGUGCUGCCACCCAGUGGUUUAACAUCCUCUGGGCAGAUAAUGGGGACGCAAUCUCAAAGCAAUACUCGUCUACUGCUGCACUAAAGGGAGAUUAUACCAGGACCCGGAAGCGUGAUUACCGUGGUGCCUUGAAUGACCUAGGCCUGACCCUGACCCGGUACUAUACCAACAUUUUUACAGAUUACUUCUCCCAGGCUUGUAUAGACUAUCUGCUUGGAAACGUCACCACUCGGGUCUUUGAUGAAUUUGAGACAAAUCUGCAGAGUGCAGACCCUGGGAUAUCCAUGGAGAAAGCUCGUCAAAGUGCGAUUGAGACCAGCUGCCAGAUCGUCAUCAGCGAGGAGAACGAAGAGUUCAUCGGAGGCUGGACGAUGCUGAGCCCUCGUCAGCCAAAUACCCUGAGGACCCUACCAUUUGAACAGACCGUUCUCCUGCUUACCAACGUAGCCGUAUAUUCCUGCCGGUUUGACUGCAACACGGAGAAGGUCACUUCCUUUGAACGCAUCGACCUGACUUCAAUCACGGGCAUCAAGUAUGGAACGUACAUCAGCUCCACAUUGACCGACGCCCAGAGGGACGAAAAGAGGAACACAGGCCUGGCAAUUGCCUACCGUCCAAGCACCAGCAACUCGUUACGAGUCAACACAACCUCCCUACAUAGCCUUUUUGCUGAGAAGCCAGAAUCCGCCACAGAAAACCAGGAUAUCAUAGACUGGGACCUAUCCACUCUCUUCAAAGGCUCAGACAGGUCUUCUACCCACUUCCUCGCCUUCAAAUUACCAAACACCUCUUCUGCAGUAGCUAGGACCCCAAAAACCCCGGAAGUCAGCGAGGUUGACGCCGUGCGCGCCAUCUGCGAGGAGAUUGAACGCAUGGUGAACCGAGCCACCCAGUCUUCAUCCAUUCAUGCCGAGCGACCGUCCAUCGUCGAGCAGACUCAGAUCAUCUCAUUGGAGAAUGCCCGGAGACAGACUGGAUACUUUGAACAUCUGUUUUUCGAUAUAAAGAAGCUCGUCUGGGCCUGA